AUGUACAGUAAGUCAACUAUUUUUUAACAUAGUCCGGUGAGAAAUAGAUCGGAAAACACAGACAGAAAUAUCGAUGAAGUUGACAUCGAUUAUUCAGGCCCUAGGCAAGGAUAUAGCAAUCAAUCUUAAAACGAAGCCAAGGAUAAUCAAGAAGUGGAAAAGGUAAGAUAAAAUACAAGUUCAAAUAAUAAUUAAGACGAAGAUUCCAAUUUAAUGAUGAAAUAAAAUAUUAAAAACAGCACUAAACAACCUUAGAUGAAGCAGCAAAACUCAAUGCCUCCUCAAAUAUAAAUGCAAAGAUAGCCUUCAGAAAUGCAGUAGUAGCAUUAAAAUAUUUAGAGAAGCCAUACUUAAGAGGAGCUGAAGAAAUCUGAUAAUUUACAAUCUUAACUCGAAGAAAUUCUUCCUCAAUUAUAGUAGAGCUAAGAAUAGGUUGAGAAACAUGAGCAAGUGUUUUUACAAAUUAAGAAAGUAAUUGAUCAUGCUUUAUCAGGUUAAUACGAAAAUCAAUAUGAAGUUUUUCUUUAUGGAUCAGCUAUAACAGGGUUAUCAUUACCUAAUGACUCAGAUCUAGAUAUAACCAUAAUAUUCGACAAUCUCAAAAUCAACCAUAUGACUAUCUUAAAUGAAAUAAAGUAGGAAUUAGGUUAACCUAUACACUUUUAAAAGUUGUACAGACAAGUUUAAAGAAUUGAAAUGAAGAGCGGGGUAAUGCUUGGUUUAUUAGAUGAAGCUAAUAAUGUGAGAAUUGAAAUUCAGAUUAACAAACUUUGUGAGCUUUUGAAUUCAGAAUUGAUUAAGACUUAUGCAAUGAUUGAUAAAAGGUUUAUGUAGUUAGUGCUCUUGUUGAAAUAGUGGAAUAGAAUGAAAUUUACAGAUAGAAUAAAGAGAUUGAAUUAGUAUUCUCUGGUAAUAAUGGCGAUCGCUAGAAUGCAAGAGAUAGGGUAACUUCCUUACCUGUAAAAGCUUAAAGAUCCAAAAACUAUAAUGAACUAUUAAAAAUUUAUAGUGAAACCUUUUAAGGGAGACCUUAACUAGACUUAUUAGACUAAUAUAAGCUUUGAGAAGGAUUUCAAUGCAAUUAAAAAGAAUUUUCAUCCUAAAUUGAAUCCAUCAACAAAUGAUCAUUAUAACUUGGCAGAACUGCUUUUGGAUUUUUUCGUUCACUACAAUAAAUUGUUAAUGGAGAAUACCACCUAGGUAGUCUAAAUAACUUAUGAAUGCAGGAGAUCAGAAGCUAUUGAUGUAUCAAAAGUAAAGAAGAUAAUUAAAGAGCAAUACUUUGAUUAAAUUAACGAAGGGGACACCUUUGUCCUGACAAACGUUUUGUCGCAAAUUGAUAAAUAUAGCUUAAUGAUAAUAGAUCCAUUUGAUAGGAGUUAUAACCCAGCAAAGUCACUAUUAAAAGGUUUUGAUUAGGAAAAGAAAUAUUUGUUGAAGAUCAGGGAAACAUUGCAAAAUCUUGUUUAGAAAAAUAUCAACGAUUUUAAGUCUAAGUCUUGA